AUUUGACUGAUCAAUAUUGUAAGUGGCGCACUUCCGGGCGCAAAACUUGAAAGAGUAAAAAAUACCAGAGCCGGGGCUGAGCUUGUUUUGAGCAAGCAAGUCAUACAGACUGUAAAAAAUGGCCCAAUCAACUGAUCACAAUAAGGCAUUUGAUGAGCUAUCACAAUCUUUUAAGGAGAGAAAAUUGUCAAUUUCAUCAAGUGGUAUCCGUGCCUUUACACUUGAAAACAAAGAAGGCAGUACAAUUCUUGAACUUAAAAGGUUAAAAGAAUGGCUACAAUCCCAAACCACAGAGUUGGAAACUGUUUUGCAAUUAAGAAAAACAAGAGAAUCUGAGAUAACAACAGAUGUCAGUCAUAGGAUAGUAGAAUUACAGAAGGAACUGUUGAAUGUUACAUCCUCAAAGUCACUUAAAGACCUUGUUCUUGAAAGAAUGCAAUGCAGUGAUGCAUUGUUGAACAUUCUUUUUCCGCGUGAAACCCCGUCUUCAGAAGUCAAACAUAGGCAAAAAUAUCUUGAUCUUGUGGAACAACAAAACAAACUAGUGACAGAGAUUCUAGGCCACCAGAAAGCUAUUCAGAGAACACAGAAAGAGCUGGACACAGUGAGACAAGAGGCCAUGGAGGUGAAAAGGGACAACCGUGAACUGAUGAGCAUGUACCAACGAAUAAAAUCAGAGAAUGAGAAAAAGAGAAUGAAAAAUAGCAGGCAAAAGGAAGAAGAAUCGAUACAAAAGGAACUUGACAAUAUUUCAUCAAAAAUAAUCAUUGCACAACAUGUUCUGCAAGCAUUGAUCAUAGGCAGUGGUGUCAAUUGGGCCAAAGAUAAACAGCUUCAGCAACUUCUACUAAGUCUGGGAGAAUCCCUAGAUUUUUCCCAGUAAAAGUGAACAAAAAAAUGACGUUAUUCAGAAAUCAGCGCUUUUUUACAUUGAUGUCUGAGUGAAAUUGAUAUAAUAUCUCUUUCUUGAUACCAUGUUAGCCUACUGUAUGUCUCCUUAAAUAGUAUUAUCUUCACCUCAUUAUCCUUCUUCACAUUCUCCUCAUCCCCUGUUUAUAAAUGUUGGCUUUUUCGAUAAAACCAUGUGACAUAAAAACAAUUCUAUAUACAUUCUUUAUUUUAAAAAUAAAUUUUUUUGAUCAAAAAGGAUUGAUUUACUACUUGAAUACCGUGAAACCUCGAAUAGGAGCACAAUGGGCUUAAUCUUGAGAAGAAGCCAUCUCAAAUUGAAGCCCCCCCCCCCUCUUUAGUUUGCAAAAUUAGCCUCGAAAAGAAGCCCAUCUUGAGACCAUGGGCUUCUUUUCAAGAUAGUA